CAGCUUUUCAUGUGGACGGUUGAAUUUUGUUCGCUUGUUAACUUGAUUCUCUACGAGAUCCCUAACAAAUGGAAAGGCCCUUAUUCAUAAUUUAAGCCCCCACUACACCAGUAACCUUCAUUUCUACCAAGCCAGACUGUUGUACGACUCUGUUUUACCACACAAAAUGGCAGAGAGGUUCAGCGACUCCGAGCGAGCGGCCAUCCAAACGGUGUUCGACAAGUUUGACAAGGACGGGGGCGGCUCGAUAGACCGCGAGGAGCUGGGGGACAUGCUGCGGGAGCUCGGAGAGUCCCCUACCGAGGACGUCGUGACGGCUAUGAUGAUGUCAUUAGAUAAAGACAAAAGUGGGACGAUUGACUUCGAUGAGUUUCUGUCCAUGGUGAAACAAGUGAAGACCGUCCCGCGCCAGGACACCCUGUUGGCUGUCUUUCAGCAGUACGAUAAGGACGGCAGCGGAAAGCUGGACGCUGCAGAGAUCAAAGAAGCGAUGAAAAAAGGCGGGUGUAAGAUGACUGACAAGGCCGUCAACUACCUGAUCAAACGUGCCGACAAAGACGGGGAUGGUCUCAUCAACUAUCAGGAGUUCGCCAGCAUCAUGAAACCCCAAAAGUGACUUCAGCCUUACCGUGCAACAGACGUUACCUCUGUGUCAACAUUGAGAAAACCCUAUGUCUAAUGCUUCAGGAUAUAGUUUUGCAUCCCUUGAUAUGAUAGAUUUAGUGCAAAUCAAAUUUGUGAGGUUUCGUUUUCAUAUAUAACCCUGAGUGGAUGAAUCCUGCUAAGAUACAUAUUAAUACCUUACAUAUAAAGAGUUGAAACUUAAUCAAUACAGAAGUCGCAUCUUCAAGAUGACAAUAAACAUGUUUUACUUCA